AUGGCCGGCGUGUUUUCGUCCGUUCUUGCCCGUCAUGCCUCCAGGAACGCCUGCAAGGUUCGUGUAUGCUUUUAAACCCUUAAUUUGAACUUGCGCACCGUAUGUUUCGUUAAUGAUUUUUCAUAGAUAGGAGAAUUAGAGGAGCGUGGGCACUUGCUGCUCCUACAUAAAGCAUCUGCUUUGUUUGUAUACCAGUGCAUUGCCGCGUAUGUGAGGGCAGUUGGACGCAGUCGAAAGAAUAUUAACAAUAGGGCUUGAAUCAGGUGGACAGCCUAUGCAGCUUCACUAGAAGCAUGAUCUGAAGAAAGAUUAGCAUGCCACACAACGUUGUGUGGCAUGCUAAUCUUUGUUAACAUAAUCUUAUGUUAACAUAGCGCCUAUAUAACUGAUGCCACCUAUGUGCUAUCCUUUCGUCAAAAAUUGGCCGUAAACACGACCAAGGGACUCUGGACUUCCCGUUGGUGGUGUAGUUAACAUUACUUGUACUUUUUGCCUGCACUCUGCCCAAGUAUGCUGCUCGCAUACCGUUGGUCCACCCAACUUUACUAGGAUUGUGGAGCGCACCAGUUCCCGCGAAUCCGUAGCAUUGGUAUUUUUCCUUAAAUCGGACAUAUUUCAUGAAGCGUCUUGCGAAUCUUGAGUACAGUCACGUCCCCAACUCCCUCUUCGAUAGUUCGAGGUUGUCUUUUCUAGCGGUUUGGUUAAAGAACCUAGACACAGGGCAACGGUGACCACCAAGUUUAUUUAAUGACGGUUUGCGUUUGUCAUGUUAACGCCGGUAUUGGGUUGCGCGAUGUUUGAUAGGACAGUUGGAGUUUACGCCGACUGGUAUAACAGACCUGAGCCCUCCGUCCCUGUUAGCACCGUCGCUGCUGGUUCGCAGCCGUUUAUUAGUCAGACCCGAGAGCCUGCUUACUUCGCACCUAACUUUCCAUGGAGGCCGUUCCACUGUCCGUCACCUGUAAACUCGCCCGGUAGCCAGCAGCUGGACCAGCGGGCAACCCGUUUUCCGGUGUUUGUUGAAAUCAAACAUGGUACUCACUGUUUAGAGAUCUCGCUGGCUACUGACCUCUACAACCUCAUUCCUGACUACAUGGUUUCUAGCGGUUGUUUCAUACCUCCGGCUAUGUCGAAUUCAGCAGGACUUUAUUUUGGACGUGGUGUUUGGGUUUGCAGAGUUGUUUUACAGCGUGAACGACAGGCCAGCGACUUCGUCGUACUUAUUCUCUUUACUGUGCUCUAUUUGCGUACGUGCUUUGUCAGGAAUCAUAAUUUUCCAUCCGUAUAAGCCUCCUUCACUCAAGCGCCCCUCGUUCUCUGGCACACUCCUUCAGUGUACUGUACGGGUCGGGAAACGAGUUACCAUUUCCAGCUACUUUAGUCAAUGUUAAUAUUCAAAAGUAGUUGUCUUCAAGGUCAACUUAGGGGUUUAGAUUUUCUUGUCUAAUGUUUUUUUUUAUUUUAAUUAAGUUCACUGCAGCUGUGCGUACUUACAAGACUCCCAUUAACACUGGCAUACUCUUUGUUCCCGAGCGCCAGGCUUGGGUUGUGGAAAGGUUGGGGAAGUUCUAUCAAGUCCUCAAGCCGGUAAGCCUCGAUUAUUUAAAUUGAAUCAUAUAGUCUGAAAGGGUCUCAACUUUUGCAUCCCCUUAGUUGACCGCAUUGCCUAUGUACAAUCCUUGAAAGAGAUAGCCAUCGAUAUCCCCGAUCAGGCCGCCAUUACGGCCGGUAAGUCUUCUCUGAAAUGUUUGCUGGGAAGAAUUCUGGUUUUUAUAUUAUUUCCGUCAUUAAUCUUAUUUUCAGAUGAGAACUGAAGAACCGGCAAUUAUAUCUGUAAUUUCCCUUGAUUUACUCUAGUAUGAUUUUCGAAGAAGCUUGGGAUGACACUUCACAAUUCUGUCUCGUUUCGUAAGCAAAUCACUGCUUUGUUUGCGACCAAUAGAAGAGAGAUCGGUAGUGAAUGUGCGCAUUCUUUUCGCCCACAAACAGCGGCACGAUGCUGCUUCCUGGCUUGGACUUUGCCGGUAGUUACUAUUUUGGCCAGUCCAUCAGGUCACUAAUGUUGGUUGUCCCGGAAAAUGCCAAUGUUCAAUAAAAAAAGUACUUAAUCAACUUUGGUUUGUGUGGCUUACAGAAGGGCCAACUAAUUUUUCGACAUUGAAGAUUAUGGUAAUAAAAAUGCGCACAAAAUAAAUGCCGUGAGAGUUAGUCAUUUUUGCAAACAUUUUUUGAAAUCUAAAUUUGUUUCCGAGUCAUUUUCGCCCAGUCCCCAGUUUCCUUUAUUUGAUUUCAUCACUCCUGUCUGUUCAGAUAACGUUGUCCUCCAGCUAAACGGCGUUCUGUUUCUCCGAGUCAUUGACCCGUACAAGGCAUCUUAUGGAGUAGAGGAUGCCGAAUUUGCUAUUACUCAGGUUAGUUGCCUUUUAGAAAUUAUCUUUAGAACCGGCCGACUAUUCUCCUUAUUGGUUUGCCGUUCUUCGCAGUGACACAGGCUCGGUGUCACUCCACCGCCUAACGGACCUUUGCUUGAAAAAUAGGUUAUGCGUCGACCUGAUAUCGACUUUGACCAACUCUCACCUGUUCUCCAAAAAAUGUUACGAGGCCAGUAUUUAGCAUUUCCUGCUUAAUUAGUGAACUAUCGAGCCCCCUAUGGAUGCUACGUGCGAUGGGUUUUCAUAAUCAAUCAAGGACUCCUGAAUUAUUUUGUCUAAUGCCUUAUUUUGGCACAUAACAUCCUCGCCUUUGUUGCCUGUUUUUAACGGGCCGGGUAUAACUGAAGUGAUUUCUGAGGCUAGAAGUGGGUUUUUCAUGCCCAAACCGAAUUAUCUCGUGGGUUAUCGGCUCAUCCUCGUCACCAAGCUUAAUUCUCUCGUGUUUUGUCACACUGAAUUUUCUAGUCUUAGGCCUCAUGUGCAUAGGAUUUUCUGGUUACCCCGAAAAGUCCUAUAGGGAGGUGACCGAGGUCUGAAUGCAGUCACUACAUUGUAGAUGUUUCUGAAUAAAACGACAGCUUUCCCACUACAAACAACCAUAAAGUAAACGUUUUUGGAUUGGGUCGGGUAUGACUUGUCCCACGAGGUGCGCAGUUACCGAACGCCUCAUUUCUUCAUGUUCGAGGACUCAUAUCACAAAAACAUGGCUUGAUUUUUGACAGCAAAAUGUAUCUAGUCUGUGGAUGACCUCAUUUUUCCCUCGCCAGUUGGCUCAGACAACAAUGCGUUCGGAGAUUGGCAAAAUCGACCUGGACAAUGUCUUCAAGGAGCGCGAGGCUCUUAACCACAACAUCGUCCAGUCCAUUUGCAAAGCAGCCGAACCCUGGGGUAUCGAGUGCAUGCGAUACGAAAUCCGUAAGUUAUGAGUGGACAAGUGAUUUGUUUGCUGAAUUAGCCUUGCACACCGAGAGUCGCACCUGCCGUUUGCCGUAUGCGGUGAUCUGUCCCCUUAUAUAACCAUGUUCCAUGUUUACAUGUAGAAUUUAGUGUCCCACGGCCUAUCAAACUCUUACACGCAGCUAAAAGUCGCCUAACUGACAUCUGGUAGCCGGUCAUACACGAAUAGCGCAGUCACCAAUGGUCUCUUUGACCCACUUAUGUAACUCAUGGAAACCAUAAUCUCCUCUCAUCACAUCUCGGCCGCGCCCGAUGGUGAGUGUCAGUGUAGAGAUGCGUGCAAGCGCGACCCUCGCGCAAUUAGAUGACUGUUGUGUGUCCUGAUCCGGCUAUUCAGACUUAGCGUCAGCGCCCCCUUCAAGGUGUUCCACUAUCUCUCCAACCACUAACAAGCGUCAACUUAUGACUAUCAUAGCAUGGCUUUAUGCUUAAACUAGCACCUACACCCACUCACACUUGUUUCAGCUAGGUAGUUGCAGGCCACUGCUCUUCAAAUAGCCAGUAGCCCAGCUGGCUGGUUGUGUGAACCCACGGCACUGGGACGAAUAAACUGCUUUUGCGUGUUUAAGUUUCUUGGGCAGAAAUGUACGAUUUCCAAAAAUAGUCAAUCAGGUUGACUACUCGUAGUAAAAGACAGGCAAUUUCCUUGCUAAUUAUCCGACCGGGACCAUCCCCUUCGUACGUUGCCUUGUGACAGCCUUGUUCUAGCUCUGGCCUCAAAAACGCUCCCAACAAUAGCACUUUUGUCGGCAGUUUCUAACUAAUCCUACUCGGUUGAUAGCGCCUUACUUGCAAGCCGGACAGGACUGCUGUAACAUUCGACUGUUCGAAAUUGCUUCUACAACAGCCUCUUCAAGUUAUUGUGAAAGCCAUUAUUCGGGAAUUGAAAGAGCUCCUGUCUAGUUUGAUUUUUGACCUUUUCGUACAUUCAAAGAACGACGUUUUGUAAAAACUGCGAUCAACCUACCAGUCCGUCCCUUAAACAUCUAUAAAUUGACCCCCCCUCCCCCUCUUAACUGCAGGCGAUAUUCACCUUCCUGCCAAGAUCAAGGACGCCAUGCAGAUGCAGGUGGAGGCCGACCGAAGGAAACGUGCCGCUAUUCUGGAGUCAGAGGGUCAACGAGAUGCUGAAAUUAAUCGGGCCGAAGGCAUAAAACGGAGCCAGGUCCUCUCUUCAGAGGGUCGACGCACAGAAACCAUUAACCAUGCUGCGGGUAAGCGAAGUUGCACAUAUAACGACGCCGUUUUCCUCCGCUUCUGUCUAAACUUUUUGUUCUUUCACCAGACCCAGAAGAACUGCUCCGACUUACAAUAUUUCCGCGGUAUUAUUAGUGGUGGUGGUAUUACACCAGAUAACUCAGUUCCACAGGAGAAUCCCCAUAACGCAAAAUCUGCCCACGCCUCUUUUCCCAAACUCUGGCAGCACCAAAGAGACGACUGUUCUAAAAAGGAGGCAUAGUUGGGUUUAUACUUCAAUGUUUACUAAUAAAAUUAAUCAGUUUUUACUGGAAACUGAAAUUACAGAAAGUGGUUGUAUUACAAAUCACUUAAGUAAGACCGACUAUACGGGUGCAUAAGGAGGAGGGACGCAUGAAAAAGGGUAAUAAUGUAAAACAGUAGCAAAUACAAGAAAAUUAAUACCUUGUUGACCAUCCAUUACGUUUAACACGACACACAGCCUCUCGGACAUGGAGGUAGCUAGGUUGUCUAUUUUCGGCAGGAUUAGGAUCCAGGCUGUUGACAGGAAUAAAAAUCGAUUGGAGGCCGCAUGCGGAGAAGCCAGCUGUUCAGAAAGUUGGAUUACGGUCGAAAUGGUCAUCAGCUUCAUACCUCUUUGGAGCGAUGGGCAGGAGCACCGUCAUGUAAACUGUUGGUAUCUACUCGGCGUCAUUGGAUGUUGUUGUAACCGAAGACAUCCCUCGCAAUAUCAACGAACACCUUACUGCUGAUGGUAUUCGUAAUCGACCGCCAGAUUGGCCGCUGUCCGAAUUUUAUAGCAGUCAACAAUUCUUAAGGGUUGUCGUCGGUGCAUUAUGCCCUUUUGGAGAGUUCUCACAUGACCAUUUGGGUCGACUUCGUAGGCUUAUCUAAAAAUAAGACCUAAUCGCGGCAGUAAAUGCUCUUUCAGAAUGACGGCCUGUAAUUGUUAGCCAAUAAAAAUCGUUCAUUAGCAAGCUUCUUACUUAAAAGCGGCAUGGUAAUCGUCUUUUGCCGAAGCUCAAAUAGUAGAGGGGUGCUCACCGAUCUUUUUUUAGGGGACUCGCUCGUUGCGUUGUGCCAUAGCCUAUAUUCUCGGUUGCAACCGACAGGACAACGAGCCCGUGUCUUAGUGGUUAGGGGCAUCGGACUUAUAACCAACAGGUCGCGGGAUAUAGCCCCGGGUGUUGCACACUUCGGGGUUGGGUAUGGCUGGGUGACGACUGCUACCAAGCCAGAAAUGGCCAUUCCAGCUUCUCUUGUCUUUGUCAGCAACACCAUUCUGAUGUUCAACUUCUUGCAUCUUUUUCUUACUUAUGCUCAUAGAAGCCAUUGACAGAUGUUCCCUUCGAAUGGUCUCAAUAGGCAUAUAAUGAUACUUAAUUAAGUUUACGGUGGACAAAAUCGUCGUCUUGUUUUCUUGUGGAUCGUUCUUAAUGCUUCUGCAGCUACUUAUUUGUGGUACGGCGAUGAAUGGCGUCCGAGAGUUACCUCAGUCUGGGUGCCUUUUGCAGUACUCCAUUCGGAUGAACGUUCCCAAACAACGAUAAUACGAUGGUGCAAAUUUCCACCAUCACAACUCAUUAUUCACGGCCGUGAAGGACUGACCGGCACACGCUGUCCAUAGGUGCCUUUGAUGAUGUUACCCCCACUUCCCUUUUUUCUAUAUUAGACGUUCAUAUUUGUCUGCUUAAAACUGAAGUUUUUAUCUCCGCCUGAGGAGGGCUGUGGCGUAAAUAAUACUAUUGUUUGUCAAAUGCGAUUAGUUGCUGUCACGGGAUGACAAGUGGCAAUACUAUGUCCAAUAGUGUCAGUACAUGAGCUGGCUAACUACUGGAUACCAAUCUGACAUUUCGAAUUCCUUUAUGCAAGCCAAGUGCUUAUUUUACCAUUUGAAAAUGAUCUCGAGUUUUGUUUGCUUUUUCAGGCGAGGCCGAAGCCAUCCUGCGGUUAGCGGAAUCUCGCGCCAUGGCCGUUCGGAAACUGGCUGAGGCCAUUACAUCUGAUGUUGGUUUUUCGUGACUUUUUCCUUUCCUUAACGUUUCUCUCUUCGCCCCUUUCUACCCCACGCCCCUCUUCCCCCUCUGCUCAUCGCGUGUCCACUGAGCACAAGUCCUCAUGUCGCCAUAUAUUAGAAGGGUGUCACAAUGAAUUCCAGCUGGAUGCGUGCUACAAGACCUACUGUUCGCAACUACCGGUUACUCGUUCACCUGACUUCCUCUUUUAAAUUGGCUGCCCCCUUCCGUAGCAUGUGGCGGUCCGCUGUGCACUCGGGCCUGCUUUUAAGUAAUCAACGUACGCCUUUGAUACUUAGCUCGUUAAGGGCUACACACUUCGCGGAGCUUAUCAUAUGGUCGACUAACAGUUAGAGUCCUGCCCCGUCCCAGAUCUGGCGCACUGACGUACUGUUUUUAAUUAGGUGGUACUCUGCAUUUCGUGUGUGUGCCACUCUUAAAACGGUUCUGCCCCCAUUUAGUUAUGUUCGACUUUCUAUUCACCCUAUGACCCUGCGGCCCAGGAAUAUGGGGUAUUUCAGGAAAUUUUCGUUAAAAAACGUGAUUUUUUUCGCGACGGACAACCGAGGCCUGAAGUACAUUUUCCACUUUCAGCGAGGCGAAGAUGCUGUGCAGAUGGCCAUUGCGGAACGCUAUAUUGACGCCUUCGCAAAAUUGGCCAAAUCCACGAAUACGAUGCUUCUGCCCUCUCAGGCGGGCGACGUUUCUUCAAUGGUUGCACAGGUUUGUCGAUUGUUUCCCCUUCUCGCCUUUCCCACCAGUCUCGAAGUCUAGAUCGGUAGUUCGCAAUUUUUGGUGCAUGCUGUGUAUAUCUUUCUUUUUUAUCUAACCUUCUUGGUACUCACAUUGCAAACGAAUCUCUAGAAUCCAUUUACACGAUACCUCAUCCCUCCAGCCCGCAACCUCACAAUACCCUGUAUAAGAAUGUGGUGCUUUUUUGUGAUUUGGUGUACUCAUCUUCACUUAGUGGGCAAGUCUGUUUUUUAACAUGACCGUGUGUCCAUUUUUACGUAGAAAGUAAGAGUGGCGUCUUCAGUUGUAGAUCCACUUAGUCUCAAAACCUUAAAAAUACACAGGUUUCACGCAACCAAUUUGUCACUUUGUGGACUACCAAAAUUCAUAUUUCCGGCGCAUUGUAAGGCAUUUUCUUCGAGUCAUUGUUGCUUUGAAUGACUGGUUUCGGACCUUCGCUGUAUCUUGAUUACAUCUCCGUUUUUUUGUUAGGCUCUGGCAAUAUUCCAGUCGAUGAAGAGAGACGCGACGGUUCCAUCGAACUCCAAGUUGACGGCGAUGCCCCUUCCGUCUUCAGAGCCCAUUCCACCCACUUCCACCGGUACGACCAAGCUCGAAGGAAAGUAA